CGUGCGGGCUACCGCGAAAACCUGCACCUUGUUUUUCCGCGAAUCCUCGCACCACUUCCUUUUGAAUCGCUACAAAACUUUGCAUUUCGUUUCUACCGGCGAGUAAUGAAACGUCCCGUCGCAAAUGAAGCGAACUGUUUCUACGACUUUUUUUAAGUACUGCGAUUCCUUCUUUUCGGGCGUAUGCUUUCGUCUUUUCAUUUAUUUCAAUAUUCAAUGAAACCGAUUAACGGCAGACAAUUUACAUUUCAGGUUUUCUAAAGAGUAUUAUUUCCAACAGUGUUUUUAUUAACAAUUUAUCCAAUUUAGCGUAUUUAACGCGGUACGUUUCAAACAUGUCUUUCCAGGAACUAAUCUUUCUUUACACUCACCUGUUAAACCGUACAUCUGCUGAGUUUUAUAUAAGCCACACAAAUACAUAAAGAGAUCUACUUUAGAAAAGAAACUUAUUUAUGGAAAGAAGCCGCUUCGGACCUUGCCAUACCACCGCAUUUACUCGGAACAUGUAAAUGUUAUAUGUCAAUUUACAUUCCAAGUUUCAUGCGCUGAAAACGGAAAAGUAAACCAAUUUUUUCUCAAAUUCUAAAUAAUUGCCUGAACAGCGUGUAGACGCAUCAUUAACCCCUUUACGCGGAAGGAAAACCUAAAUAAAUGCAAAAGUCUGAUCGACAGAAGUGCGGCAAUUUAAUCGUACGUUCUCUUUUCGUUUCGUACAUACUGGAGAUAGAUUUUGUGGCUGGUUUUUAUCGUCAAAGAUUCCUUCCAUGUCAUACGGAGACAGUUAACCGCUUCUUUUCUGUAAUCUGCACUCGCAGUCGUCCACCAUAUGGUCAGACACGAGGAAUAUAGGUUACACAACGACACGUGUGUUCCCUCGUUAGGUGAAAAACGAUUACGAUCGUUAACCGUGAAUACUAUACGUCAAAAUGACCUACUGAAAAAUGAAACAUCAAGAAGUGGCUAUGCAUUGUUCAGGAUCUGUCGCGUGCACCGUGUCAUACGAUGACGCACCGAAGAAAAAGUAAUCGCGAAGAGUCGAAAGAUCAAGAGUUAAUCAUCGAAGCGUUUUUGCGUAACACUGGAUCAGUGAAAUCUCUCGCAUGACUUCACGUUUCUUUUUCUACUUUCUCGGAGUGUUAGCGCAAGAUAUUCGAAGAAACUAAACGACACAAAUUACUCCGGUUAGAUCAAUAAACGAGGAAGCAAGGCGAUUACUUCCUUGAAAUCUAUCCGGUGCACACGAGCAGCGUGCAAUAUUCUUUUCAUCGCGUCCAGCUUGAAAGCCGUGAGUAAAGAGGCUUUGCCUUUCACAACGAUUUAUUCGAGCCCCUUGUCAUUUGCGUAAACGUCUUAAUCCUAAAAUAUUUAAUAAACCGUCACGUUUCGUGGCUUCCAUCGUGUGUGUAUUUGCGUAUACAUAACACGUGUCUCAAACAGUUACAGAACUGUGCUCUCAUUACCGUGUUCUCAUUGUUAGAAAAACUAAGAGCCAGAGCGUAAGGUCUGACUCAUGACACGCGAACAGCUCGGUACAAAGAAGUAUUGAGAAAGAGAAUUAAAUUCACUUUAUUCUCAUCGUUUGGCCGGCAAUCACGUUCCCGUUACCACUAUACAGGAUCAAUACACGCGUCCACGGGUCGCGAUAAUAAAACAACGCGAAGUCACGAGUCAUCGGUAAUGACUUUUGCCGAAUCAACAGAUAAUGCAACAUAUGUUUACCCGUUCAAUAGCUGCUCUUCACGUGACCGUUUCGUGCAAAUGUCUCCGGCAGCUGAAUAAUUAACGAGCCGAAUAAUACGUGUGUCAAAAAUAAUGUUGUCAUCGUUGAAACUGGAAACGGGCUAAUUUCCAUAAAACGACGACAAUAUUGUAAACGGUCGUUGAACGACUUUUAUAAACACCAAUAAAUUGGUAAACUUCUAUUCUUUGCAAUUGGACGAAUAGAAAUACGAGAUUGCUCGUGUUACAACGAGAAAGCAUUAAUUCGAAUUUCACGAUUCCUCCCCGUGUUUAUCGUACAAACGCUCCAUGGUAACGAAUUCCACGCGAUUCUUGCGGCUUUCGUGGCUAAGCUCAUUCGAGCUCUGGUUACCUUCGUCUUCGGACGGAUCGAAUCUGGCACGAUGUUGAAGUUUCAAACCGUGACCAAAGAGGACUUGAAACUCGCCGCGGCCAGAGAGCGCCGGCGGCAGACAGAUCAAGAACGAAAACAACGAAUAUUUAAUCCUCGGUUCAGGAAAAUCGGAAUAGACAAAGAAUUCUUGGACAAACAGGUCGCGGAGAAGAAGCAGCUUCAAGAGUUGGAACACGCCAAAGAAUCCGAGCUCGACGAGAGCUUGAUUCGUAGCAGUAAACUUGCCUUGUUGUUGGAGAAGCAACAAGAAGAGGAGAGGAGAAACAUACAUAAAGAAAUCGAACAAUUUCGACAGCAAUACCAGCGUGCCGAGAAUCGUCAAGAUUACGAGCUGUACGAUCCGAACGCGUUGAAAAAAGCGUCUCUAAUAAAAGAUGACGAGGUUGGCUUCGGAUUGCAAAAAUUCGAGGGCGAGGCGGUACCAAAAGAACGUUUGAAGGCGCAGAAAGAGCAGAUGAGGUGGUGGAUCGAGAAGCAAAAGGAUGAACGUGUGCAGUUGGAUAGAGAACGGCAGGAAGCUGAGAAAGCGUACCAGGAAGCCGUCAUCUCCAGGGACAAGCGUGCCGUGGCCUUAGAUCAGAUGGAAGAAGAAUGCCGUCGAAGGUUGAACGAAGCCACCGCACGAUUUAAUCGAGCCAUGGCGGAGGAACAAGAGUACCGCCGCCAUUGCGAAGCCCUUCGAGACGAAGAGGACAAGAAGGCGGAAAUCUACAAUCACGUGACCGGGGACUUCCUGACGGAAGCCAAAGAGCAAGCGGAGAGCACUCGUGGACCGCACAAACCGUUGGCAUCGCGGUACAAGGGCAUGACCGCCGACCAACUUAGGCUUUUCAGACAGGAACAAGCUCGGCAAAUGAAAGAAAUCGAGAAAAUGAAAUUAGAGAAGAAACGAAUGAACGAAGAAUGGGACCAGCUGAUGAAUUCUCACGCGGAGAUAGCGAACGCGUAUCAACGCGAGAUGGAUCAAAAGAGGACAGAGAUUAACAAAAGGAUUGCCGAAGAGAAUCUGAAGCUUGCGGAACAGCACAAGUCGCAUCAGGAGUACCUCAAUCGAGAGCUAUACAAGAACAAACCCACGGCAGAAUUUUUUGAACAAUUUAAUAAAGACGCUCGUUAAGAGAAACAGCUAUUACAAAUGUAAUUAUUCCAA